AUGACCGGCCGCAUCUACCUGCGUGCCAUUGUCCCCAUCGGCCUCUUGUACUCCGGCUCUCUCGUCUGCUCUAACCUGGUCUACCUCUACCUCUCUGUCUCCUUUAUCCAGAUGCUCAAGGCCGGCGCCCCCGUGGCUGUUCUUUUCAUCAGCUGGAUCUGGGGCGUUGCUGAACCCUCGAUGCAGACCCUCUACAACAUCCUGCUUAUCGUUGCGGGUGUGGCGCUCGCCUCCUUUGGCGAGAUUGAGUUUUCAUGGAUCGGUUUCAUCUUCCAGAUGGGUGGCAUCGUAUUUGAGGCUAUUCGCCUCGUCAUGAUCCAGGUCCUGCUCAAGGGCGAUGAAAGCGCGCAAAAGAUGGACCCCCUUGUCAGUCUGUACUACUACGCGCCCGUUUGCGCUGUUAUGAACUUCUUCGUCGCCUGGGCCAGUGAGUUCAGCACCUUCAAAAUGGAGGACCUGCAGAAGACCGGCGUCUCCAUGCUGCUUCUUAACGCCAGCGUCGCCUUCAUGCUCAAUGUCUCAAGUGUGUUCCUGAUUGGCAAAACAUCGGGUCUUGUCAUGACCCUCACCGGCAUACUCAAGAACAUUCUCCUCAUCAUUGCCUCCGUCAUUAUCUGGCAUACAAGUGUCACCUUCAUGCAGUUCGUCGGCUACUCUAUCGCUCUUUUCGGCCUCGUCAUUUACUCGACCAGCUGGGAGCAGCUCAAGACCUUGGGCCAAGGCACCGUUACCAGGGUGCGCAGCGCCUGGAACUCUCAGGCCCUUGACGAGGGCCGUCUGUCUCCGCUUGUCCGCCGCGCGAUCUUCUUCGGUCUCCUUGUGAUAAUCACCCUCAUGCUUGUCGUCGGAUUUGCGUACAAGGGCAAGGCGGCGCCAGCGGACUGGCUAACCAACGUCAGCUCUUCGAGCCGCUGA